CAAUCUUAUACAUAAACCAUUCAUUCAUCUCAUUUUGCCGUCACUACUCUCUCUGCUCGACUUCAAUUAUCAAUUAGGUUUUCGCUUUUAGAACAGAAGAGCAGCCAUGGGAGUUUUUACCUUCGUCCUCAACAAAACUGGCGCUGAAUGGAGCGCAAAGCAACACUCCGGUGACAUUGAGGCCUCCGCUGGGUCUACCUUCGAGAUCCAACGGGAACUUGUUAAGGCUGCUCUCGCAGUUGAUUCUGGCAGCGUUCAGUCCUCUUACUCUCCAAUCUCCCCCUCAUCUGCCGUCUUCCAGGUGAUCGUUGGUGGUGCUGUAUUUGUUGGAGGUGGUGCUGCUGCAGCUGCUCCCGCUGGAGGUGCUGCCCCAGCUGCUGAUGCCCCUGCUGCCUCAAAGAAAGAAGAGAAGGUAGAGGAAGAGGAGGAAGAUGACGACAUGGGUUUCUCCCUCUUUGAUUAGAGUUUAGUUUUUGUUCAAUUUUUGAUGCAAAAGAGAUUUAGUUUUGGAUUAUAUGAAUUGUAUUUGUCUACUGGUUUGCACUUGUUUAUGGUACAAUUGGUCAGAUAGAGUUUUGUGCUUCUGUGUUCUGUUUUACUAAUGCAACUGUGUUAU